AUGUUCUGGAAGAAUGAGCCCCCAGGCGAACAGCCUUCCAUUGAGGCCCAGCCCGACGGGGAGGCGCUGCCCGGCGCCCUGGAGAAAGAGGAGGCGCGCUCGGGCGCCAGCACCCCGUCCACGCCGUCCGUCUGCUCGCCGCCUUCCUCCGCCUCGUCCUCGCUGCCUCCGGGCGCCAAGAGCCUCUGCUCGAGCUGCGGCCUGGAGAUCGUGGACCGCUACCUGCUGAAGGUGAACAAUCUGACCUGGCACGCCCGCUGCCUGGAGUGCUCCGUCUGCCGGACGCCGCUCCGCCAGCAGAGCAGCUGCUACGUCAAGAACCAGGAGAUCUUCUGCAAGGUGGACUACUUCAGUCGGUUUGGUACCAAAUGUGCUCGCUGCGGGAGGCAGAUCUACGCCAGCGACUGGGUGCGGAGAGCUCGGGGCAAUGCCUACCACCUGGCCUGCUUCGCCUGCUUCUCUUGCAAGAGGCAGCUGUCCACGGGGGAAGAGUUUGGCCUGGUGGAGGAGAAGGUACUAUGCCGGAUUCACUACGACACCAUGGUGGAGAACCUCAAGCGGGCAGCAGAGAACGGGAAUGGCAUCACCUUAGAAGGGGCCGUCCCCUCCGAACAAGACAGCCAGCCCAAGCCCGCCAAGAGAGCCCGGACGUCCUUCACAGCAGAGCAGCUGCAGGUCAUGCAAGCCCAAUUCGCUCAGGAUAACAAUCCAGACGCUCAGACGCUGCAGAAGCUGGCGGACAUGACUGGGCUCAGCAGGAGAGUGAUUCAGGUUUGGUUUCAGAAUUGCAGAGCGCGGCACAAAAAACACACCCCUCAACACACGGUGCCCCCCUCGGGGGGCUCCCAAUCCCGCCUCCCUUCUGUGCUGCCGGAAGACCUCCACUACUCCCCGUUCAGCGGUCCUGAGCGGGCCAGGAUGGUGACCCUCCACAGCUACAUAGAGAGUCAAGUCCAGUGUGGACAAAUGCACUGUCGCCUGCCCUACGGAGCCCCCCCUGUGCACCUCAAGGCCGACAUGGAAGGCGCCCUCUCCAGUCGAGGGGAGAAGGUGAUCUUAUUCCAGUAUUGAUUGAUCCUUUCCCUCAAUUCCCGGGACUUCUGAUGCCGCUGCUGCUUUCAAUCUCCCCAGCAUUUCAUCCCUUGGCCACCGAGGGAUCCGCUCAAGAUCUUGGCUUCUGGGUCAGUGAGCGUUGAGCGUUGGCCAACGACGUUCUCCAUCGGGUGCCACCUGGCGAAGACUCUGCACCUUCUCCGAGGACUUGCUGUGGAUGUAUCUUGUCUUCUGCUGCCAGUUUAACGGACGUAAGGACGGGCAUUGUGCCACCUGGGCUGAAUGUGUUCCUUCAAACACAGGACGUGGUUGAGCUCCGACCUUCCGAAUCAAGUCAACCAGUUCGUCUCGGCGUUCAGCCAGGGAAACGAGGAUGGAAGGUGGGAACUUUCUCUGUUUCGACAGAGGUGGCGGCCACGGAUCUCCUUCCGCUGAUUCCUUUUCGACUCCCGAGGCUUUUGAUUUUCCCCGCAAGCAACAUUGUUCUGGGCUUUUUGGGAGGACUGGCGGGGCUUUGCGGCCCUCCAACCAGAGGCUGACCCUCCGAGCCCCUCCUCAAACUCUCACGGGUGCUUCUCAUCUCGUCACACAACAACCGUUGGGAAAAACGCCUCCCUCCCUACAUCUUGGGAGCAAAAACCCAACGAAUUGGGGCUUCAGCCUUGGCCCAGAGCUGAGAAAAAUGUUUUUUUUUCUUAAACCCUCCCACUGGCAACAUCGAACUUUAAAAAUAAACUUGUGGGGUGACAGAAAAGGUGGGACUUUUGUGCUGCCGGGACUGUAGCAAAACUGGAACUUCUCUCUCUCUUCCCCUCUUAUUUAAUGGCGUUUGGCGUCCUCAGGUCAUGCUCUCCCCCCCUCCCUCCUUCCCUCCCUCCCCCUGGGGAGCUCCCGAUCUAGGCAGAUCCCCCUCUUCUCCCCGGGCUCUGAUGGCACUGAUUGUGUUCCCUAGUUGGGUCGCGAAACGUCUGCAAGGAAAACCACCAAGCUCAGAAAGC